AGUCAACUAUGGCUUCCCUCUCUUAUUGAUAGAGGCGUAUCUUUGACUAAAAAACAAAACUGUGGCUCUGGUAGUUGAAUUGUCCGCUGGAUAUAAAUCACAUUCACGAUGCAGAAGAUCAAGUCGCUUAUGGCCCGGCAGGGUCUGAAAAGCCCCCAGGAAAGCAUGGCAGACCUCAGCCCGGUGGAGAGCUUCAGGAUCCCGAGCAAGGAGGAGAUGCGGGAGCUACGGGAGCAGCCCAUCGAUCCUCAGGCCGAGCAGGAGAUCAUCGACAGCAUCGAGGAGGUCUACUUCUCCAACGACUCCUUUGACAUGGUGCAGCACGAACUGCAGAAACUCCCGCCUGAGCUGAACCUGCAGGAGCUGGAGGAGUACCGAGACAAGCUGAAGAGACAACAGGCAGCGGUUUCUAAAAAGGUCGCUGAUCUCAUCCUGGAGAAACAACCUGCUUAUGUCAAGGAACUGGAGAGGGUAACGGCGUUACAGACCAACCUGCAGCUGGCAGCCGUCAUCUGCACCAAUGCAAGGAGGCAACUCAGUGUUGCAAAAGAGGGAUUCACCGAGGCCAGCCUGGGUCUGUUGGCUAAUCAGAGGAGACGGCAGCUGCUGACAGGCCUGCUCAAAUCACUGAGGACCAUCAAGACCCUGCAAAGGACAGACGUAAGGCUCAGCGAGAUGCUUGAGGAGGAAGACUAUCCAGGUGCAAUCCAGCUCUGUCUGGAAUGUCAAAAGGCUGCCAGCACAUUUAAACACUACAGCUGCAUCAGUGAAUUGAAUUCCAAACUACAAGACACUCUGGAGCAAAUAGAGGAGCAGCUCGAUGUCGCCCUGUCGAAGACUUGUAAGCACUUUGAUGUUUCGCACUACACCAAGGUCCAGCUGGCCUACACACUCCUGGGCAAGACACAGACGGCCAUGGACCAGCUGCACAUGCACUUCACCCAAGCCAUCCACAACACAGUGUUCCAAGUGGUGCUGGGAUAUGUAGAGCUGUGUGCCGGCAAUGCUGAUACCAAGUUCCAAAAAAUGCAGUACAAGGAUCUGUGCACGCAUAUCACACUGGACAGCUACAUUCCCUGCUUGACAGAUCUGUGCAAAGCAUUGUGGGAGGUGAUGUUAAGUUACCACCGUACGAUGCAGUGGCAUGAGGAGCACGACAAAGAGGAGACGGCGCCCCCUCCAGAUGAUGCAGCAGCAGCAGUUUCUGAUGAGCUGGUGGUGGAUCGCAGCUACGUAAAGAAGAAACUGGAGCAUGGACUGACUCGGAUCUGGCAGGAUGUCCAGUUGAAAGUGAAGGCCUACAUCCUGGGUACCGACAUGUCAAACUUCAAAUACGACGAUUUCAUUGUUGUCCUGGACGUCAUCAGCAGGUUGAUGCAGGUGGGGGAGGAAUUCUGUGGCAGCAAGUCUGAGGUCCUACAGGAAUCCAUCAAACGCCAGAGUGUCAACUACUUUAAAAACUACCACAGGGCAAGACUGGAGGAGCUGCGGAUGUUUCUGGAAAAUGAGACAUGGGAGCUCUGUCCGGUGAAGUCCAACUUCAACAUCGCCCAGCUCCAUGAGUUUAGGUUUAUGGGCCAGUGUCGUUCUCCGUCCGUCUCCCCGAGCAGACAGGCCGUGUCGUCCAACAGCCUCGUCCAGGAGGAGCUGUCGUUAUUCCAGCAGUACCUGCAGGAGGGAAACCCCUUUGAAAUGCACAUCGAACACAAAGAGGAGGAGACGGAGGAUGUGCUGGCAUCCAAUGGGUACGAGUCUGACGAACUGGAGAAGAGUGUGUACCAGGAUUACGACAGCGAUAGCGACGUCCCCGAAGAGCUUAAGCAGGACUAUGUGGAUGAGCAGACGGGUGAUGCUCCACUUAAAAGCGUUUCCCGAGAGACCAUAAGAAGCAAGAAGAAGUCCGAUUACAACCUGAAUAAGACCAACGCGCCGAUCCUCACCAACACCACCCUCAACGUCAUUCGACUUGUUGGGAAAUACAUGCAGAUGAUGAACAUCCUGAAGCCAAUCGCCUUUGACGUCAUCCACUGUGUAUCGCAGCUCUUUGACUACUACCUGUACGCUGUGUACACCUUCUUCGGACGCAAUGACCUGUAUGAGUCAUCGGGUCUGGGCCUUAUCAGCAGCAGACUGAGAACCACAUUGAACCGGAUCCAGGAAAGCCUCAUUGACAUGGAGGCGGUGGGGGAAAGUGUAGGAGUCCACGGCCCUGCAGAAGACAGGAAGGAGAAGGUGCCCAGUCCCCAUCUCAGCCAACUGGUGGUUCUCACUAACAGUGGAACUCUUUAUGGUCUGGCACAGAGGGUUGUUGCCACUGAGUCUCUAGUGUUUUUGGCUGAACAGUUUGAGUCCCUUCAGUCCCACCUGGACACAAUGAUGCCUGCAGCUAAGAAGCCCUUCCUGCAACAGUUUUAUUCCCAGACGGUGUCAACAGCCAGUGAGCUGCGGAAGCCAAUAUAUUGGAUUGUGGCAGCCAAGGCCAUUGAUUAUGAACAGAUGUUGCUUAUGAUGGCUGGUGUUAAAUGGGACAUAAGAGAAAUUAUGUCACAGCACAAUGUGUACGUGGACGUCCUGUUGAAGGAGUUUGAGCAGUUUAACAAGCGCCUGGGUGAUGUUUCCCGACAUGUGCGCAUUCCACUGCCUGUGUCCAAUGUCCUGUGGGAACACUGCAUCCGCCUGGCCAACAGGACUCUAGUAGAGGGUUACGCCAAUGUGAAAAAAUGCAGCAACGAAGGCCGGGCCCUGAUGCAGCUGGACUUCCAACAGUUCCUGAUGAAGCUGGAGAAGCUGACGGACCUGCGGCCCAUCCCCGAUAAGGAGUUUGUGGAGACCUACAUCAAAGCCUACUACCUGACGGAGAACGACAUGGAGCAGUUCAUCAAAAACCAUAGGGAGUACUCCAUGAAGCAGCUCGCCAACUUGGUCAACGUUUGCCUGGGUUCGCACAUCAACAAGAAGGCUCGUCAGAAACUUCUAGCGGCCAUCGACGACAUCGACCGACCCAAGAGAUAGACCGAUCCGCAGAGCACGUCCCAGCGCAUAGACCAGGCCGCAUAUACGGACACUCCUGCUGAAUUUAAAAAAAAAAACAA